UGGGUGUGAAUUCGUCGCAAGUGUGGCACGUUUAGAACUCGUGACGUUUGACGUACGGUUGUAUAAAAUAGUUUCUGUCUCGUGAUGUCACGAUAUUGAUCGGUGCUAUCUCGAGCUUUUAUCUUAUAUCGUGUGGGUUUUCUACUUUGACUCACGAUAUUAUCAUCGAAUCUCGUUGAGUACACGUCUUCUUCAAUUCUUUAUUUCCUUACGAAAACGGAAUCUACGUAAACGAAUUUGUCAUCCCAAUAAGUAAAUUUUCCAUCUAUUAAGAUGGGUUCGCUUUUUCGAAGCGAAGAGAUGACCUUGUGUCAACUCUUUUUGCAAAGCGAAGCUGCCUACGCCUGUGUCUCCGAACUUGGCGAACUUGGUCUUGUUCAAUUUAGAGAUCUUAAUCCCGAUGUUAAUGCAUUUCAACGAAAAUUCGUUAAUGAAGUACGUCGUUGUGAUGAAAUGGAACGAAAAUUACGAUACUUGGAAAAGGAAAUCAAAAAGGAUGGAAUACCGAUGCUUGAUACCGGUGAAAAUCCUGAAGCACCGCAACCUCGUGAAAUGAUUGAUUUGGAAGCUACGUUUGAAAAGUUGGAGAAUGAGCUGCGAGAAGUCAAUCAAAAUGCUGAAGCUCUGAAACGUAACUUCUUAGAAUUGACUGAGCUGAAGCAUAUAUUAAGAAAAACUCAAGUCUUCUUUGACGAGGCUGAGAACGGAGGUGUCGUAUCGCAGAUGGCAGAUCCAAGUCGUGAGGAAGAACAAGUCACUCUCUUGGGUGAAGAGGGCCUCCGCGCUGGCGGCCAGGCUCUCAAGCUCGGGUAAUCAAUUGUGACGUACUUCUGAGUAAUACAGAGUGUAGUAAUUCAUACUUUUGAAAUGUUCCUUCUGCUUUUUGUCGUAUAUCAUAUAUGUGAAUUACAUUUUUUUCCAUAUCGCAUAAUUAAAGUUGGAAAUAUAUA